AUGGCAGUCGUUUCGGGGUCAGAGGUCAUGGGAGAGGUGGAGAUGGAUGGAGCAUGUUUCGGUUUUAUGCAUUUUGGCAAUCAGACUAGUAGAGAAUUCCUGAGCAUUCCGGAAUGCAUGAAGGGACCAGAAAGCAGCCAGUGCGCUACUGAGAACAUCCUAUCAAAUCCGUAUUCAGGUAUCCAGUUUGCAUUCGACAAACGACGUCGAAACCUGGAGAAGCGUAAGAGCCGUUUGUUGCAAUACGAGGCGGAUUUGAAAGACGGUAAGAAACUUAGCGAGCAGCAGGUCGAAGCUCGAUAUUGCAUUGGAGAAGUUGAUACACAGCUGGACUUUCUGAAGGAUAUCAGCAGGGUUGUACAGGCACUACAAAAAGAAUAUGUUCGUACCAUGAAACAACGGGACGAUGGGAUGAAGAAAGAUCUUGUUGAACUUGAGCGAAAACAUUUAGAAGAUUUCAUCCAUUUUCAAAAUGUCAUCGAACGAUUCGCCAAAGUGGAAAACAAAAGUGUCUUUCUAAAUGGGACGGACAAUGAAGCGAAGAUUACCAAAGAGGAGUGUAAACUGAUUGAGACUUUGUCGGAAUCAUUCGGUUUGAAAUGCGGUGAGUCGAAAACCCUUAUGGAUUCCAAGAAAUGUGAAGACGCUUCGAUGCUAGCUUAUGGGAUUCUCGUAGGAAACAAAGAAAAAGUUGUGAAUGAUUUCUCAGGAAUUCAAAUUAGGGAACUAUUGGAGAAAAUUGCAAAUUCUGAGCAUAUGCGACCUGAUGCUGAGAAAUUUGUUAAACUUAGUGAGUCUGCGAUGGAAUCCGAGGUUGAACAGCCGAAAAAAGAUCCAAAAGUAGUUUUUGUACAUGUUGCUAAUGGAUCAGUGGAAAACUGUGCAGAAGGCGAUAUAAAUCAUGCAGGCGAUACGGAGUUUGGUUUUGAGGGUGGAAUCGAUCCGAAGGCGCUUAUACGUGACCCGCCACCACCAAUUCCUUUUCCAGCUACGGUGGUCUCAGAAGAUCCUGUAAAUGCCAUCAGUGCUCGUAAUCACAAUGUGUGGCGUACAGAGGCUAAACCAGAAGUGUCAUCGAAGCGACGUUUGGAUGGAGCCCAGAAUGGUUUUAUUAAUGAUGUUGAACAGGUGGGUAGAGCUCGUGGUGAUGAACGUCAACAGAUGCGUCAAGCUAAAGUCAUUGGUGCUCCGUGUAAUAACAUUGGAAUUGGCGACAUGAAAGGAGGCGAUCUCGGAAAAAUUCCAGUUAUUGGACGUGGUCGUGGUCGUGGUCGACGUCAGGAACGUGAUAGCUUUGAUGGCCCACGAAACACUCGUGGCGUAGCUCGUGGUCGAGGUUUUGGCGGUUUAGGUGCUCGAAGCGGUGUUUCCGAUUUUGCACCGCAUGGUCCCGGCAUUCGAAAUGGCAAUAAUAGUAACAACAGUCAGAUUAAUGGUGGUUUCAAAGGUAAUGUUAAUGGAGAAAGGGCCCGUAAUGGAUCUGGAUGCAAUGAACCGCCACAGCCUCCGCGCCGAUUAGGGUUUAAUUUUGCUUCGGAUGCAUUCUAA